AUGGAAACGUUAGUGGAGUCGACCGAGUUUGAACCGAACAUUCUCCAAAUUUCUCAUCCCAGUCCCACACAGUCCCGCCAGUGGCAAAACAUCGUCAAUGUCCUCAGUAAGAGGCAGGACCGGCUGACCGAUAUCGAUGGCGUCCCAAAACGUAGGUUCACCAUCAAGAAUGAGUACAUCGAGGACAUUAACCAGCAGAUCCAAUCCAAGCUCACCGGCAGAGCCAGGAGCUCCAUCUUCCCGACACUACAGCCGACAGCACCCGUCAGCGAGAGGCUAUCUGACAUCUUCGUGUCUCCUGGAUAUACCUACCGGGGAGUCUUACUGCCCACAAUAAACCAAACAUUCAAAUCCAAAGAGUUGGAGAAGCUGUACCAGCGCUACUUCGCCCGGCAGAGACGUAUCUCUCUUAUGAUGAUGAACAUCAUAGACUGUUUCACCAAGUUUAACAUUAUGAUGGUGUUUUUCUUUGCGACACCUGAACUGAUUCAGCCCAUACUGAGUGGGGUGACUGGCCUAUUCAUUCUGUUUUCUUCCAUCUUGUGUUUUCUGGUGCAAGCCGGCAAAGAUGCCGUAUCGCACAACUACUUGCAAUAUCUCGGACUUGCUACAUGGUUCUACCAGUCUGCACAGGCUCUCCUGAGCUGGGGCAUGGGCUUGGAAGCCAAUGAGACCUGGUUCAUUCUAUUCAUUGUAUUCGGCACUUAUACUAUGCUGCCUAUUCCGCUACUCUGGGGUAUCCUUGCUGGCUCCGUCACCUCCAUAGUUCACUUGCUAAUUGAAGGAUUUCGGUAUUCCAGAGGGGCCAUUCUUCUUCAUCAGGUUUAUGUCAAACUGCUGUUGCUGCUUUGUAUGAACCUUGCCAGUCUUUUUAUAAGCUACCUUUCUGUCCGGGCACAACGAAUGGCAUUCUUGGAGACCAGGAAAAACAUUGAAGGCCGACUCCUGCUGGAGGAUGAAAAUCAAAGACAGGAGAGGCUGGUUCUCUCGGUGUUACCACGUUUCAUGAUGUUGGAGAUCAUUAAUGAUAUGUCUGACGCAGAAGAAAAGCAAGGGGCAUUCCACAAAAUCUAUGUUCAUCAAUAUCAGAAUGUAAGUAUUAUUUUCGCAGAUAUCAAAGGUUUUACCAACCUGUCCAUGGGCCUUUCACCACAGCAGUUAGUCCUCCUGCUAAAUGAACUCUUUGCACAGUGUGACGAUCUGGCUGAGGAACACAACUGUUUACGGAUCAAGAUUCUGGGUGACUGCUACUACGCUGUUUCAGGACUGCCUGACCCACGUGAUGAUCAUGCCCAUUGCUGUGUGGAACUAGGUCUAGGGAUGAUCCGAGCAAUUCGGAAGAUCAGGUCAAGUUUUCAAGCAGACAUUGAUAUGCGGAUAGGGAUCCAUUCUGGCUUUGUCCUGUGUGGCGUACUGGGUCUACGGAAGUGGCAGUUUGAUGUGUGGUCAUUGGAUGUAAGCAUAGCUGACGAGCUAGAAUCUACUGGUCAACCUGGGCGAAUCCACAUCUCUGAAGUAACUUUGAAACAUUUGAGAGGUGACUAUGAAACUGAAGUGGCUCAUGGCCACAAACGUGGUGAUUUGUUGGAGCGAUAUAACAUUAAAACCUACUUCAUCAAGCACGAUGAAUUCACUGGGGACCCACCACGAAUACGAGUUAGUAUUGCGAAAUCAGAUGCUGGAGCUCCAAGAUCACAGUUUGAUCGUAGAAAAACAGAGACUAUAUUCAGCAGCAGUUUUCACAUUGAUGCCAGUCUGCUCCGAGUCAUGGAAGCUGAAACCCCAUGGAGGCUUGACCAUCCUUUCAACAGAGUAGUUGGUUUGAAUAAAAUCAUUGCAGCUCUAAUGAGAAAAAAGUCCCAGAGAUCUGAGAAGAGCAUAAGCCCAGGAAUCCCCUCCUCCAGGUUCGAAGUGAUCAACAAGAGAGUUGAACAUGCCAUUGAGGUGCGCAGCAGUGACAAGCUGCGGGAUGCCUAUCUUAAUGAAAUCACACUAACGUUUAAAGACUCUACUAUUGAAGAGAAGCAACAUAUGCACCAGGAGGCCGCUGUGCCUGGCCGGGAGAUCACCAUCCCACACCAGGAGGCCACUGUGCCUGGCCGGGAGAUCACCAUCCCACACCAGGAGGCCACUGUGCCUGACCGGGACAUACCAUCCCACACCAGGAGGCCGCUGUGCCUGGCCGGUAGAUCACCAUCCCACACCAGGAGGCCAGUGCAGGAAAUGAGGAUUGGCCAUUUAGUCUCCAUUGUGCUCAUUUACUGCUGUCUGCUAUUGUGCAUUAUGGCUGAGGCAUUUAACUGUCUCCCAAAGGCCAUGCAUGAACUGAGUACCUGGAUUCAAGAGACACACAGUGUCAGAACUACAAUCAUGCUGCUGUCUAUCUCAAUCAACUUUGUCUUAUCAAUAUAUGACAUGAUUUGGUGCCCUGGUUUGAAUCCAUUUCUAAAUGAAGCGUUUAAUACUACAAACUGGGGUCAAUUUCAUGUGCAGACAACGAAUAUCUGUAAUCAGAUUGAGUAUUUUGUCCUGUGCGGGGUGACAUCAUUGAUCAGCUGUGCUGCGUUUCUUCAUCUACAUUCAAUUAUAAAGCUGGUGUCUGUCAUCUUAAUCAUUGCCAUCUACUCCUACAUCACCCACGUCAGUUUCAGAUACUUGAAUGUGCUGUUGCAUGACGAUUUGCCCAGAUCUUAUUCGGAUUGGCAGCGGGGAAUCACCUUUAUGCUGAUGUUCCUGUUUGUGGUGACGGUCUUUUACCAAGGACGACAGAUUGAAGCAACUGCACGUCUGGACUUCCUUUGGAGAUUACUAGCCAGACAGGAAAUGGAGGAAAUGGCAGUGCUGCGGAAACAUAAUGAGGAUCUAUUGAAUAACAUGCUGCCCAGUCACAUCGCACGGUAUUUCCUUGACAAGGAUCCAGAUGAUGAAGAGCUCUAUUCUGAAUCACACGACAGUGUCGGUGUUCUGUUCGCUUCCAUCCCAGAAUUUGCUGCGUUUUACUCACAGGCCGAGGGAAACCAACAGGGAAUUGAAUGCUUGCAGCUGCUUAAUGAGAUCAUUGCUGACUUUGAUGAUGCCAGUCACAUUAACACCAGUAUUGACAGUGAUUUGAUGAAGUAA